UAAUUUAUUAUAAGUGCGAAAUAACAAAAUAUAUCAGUUCAUGCACUCAUGCUAGGGAAUUAUAUCCCUAGCAGCCGACAUCUAGGGAAAGUUAGUAAGAGACGAUUCUUGUUGACGACAUUGCUUGAUUUUAACGUAAGUGUAAAUACGAGAUUUUAAUGCGUGUGCCUAAAUAGAUCGAAAAAAUGCCCGAAAACUCACCGGUUCGCCAUGACAAAAUCAUCAGAUAUAAGCCACCCCCCCUUGCUGCUCCAGGCGUUAACGACGCUACAUCUGACUACAUGAACGUCCUUGGCAUUAUCUUCUCCAUGAUGGGUCUCAUGAUGAAGAUGAAGUGGUGCUCAUGGAUUGCGCUAUUAUGUUCAAGCGUUACGUACGCUAAUUCACGUGUCAACGAUGAUGGCAAACAACUUUUCAGUAGCUUUAUGUUGUCAAUUUCGGCUGUCGUGAUGACAUAUCUACAGAAUCCACAGCCCAUGACAUUGCCCUGGUCUCUUUAGUCAGAUUCCUUGCCUUAUCUAUUUGUCGGUUUAAUUUAAUCAGUGUAGCAUUUUAGCUGCAAGUAUAUUUACCAUCGCACAUACUUUGUAACUGGUACUUGUGCAUAUCCAAUCGUGCAAUAUCCGACUGCCGCCCUCGUAUAAGUGCUGACUAGAUGUGUGAUAAUUAAUAUUGUAAAUAAAUCCAUAUAAACUGUUUUAUACUGAAAAAAUACUUAG